ACGUGCUUUUUCUGCUUUUCUUUGGUAAUGACAGAUUUAUAUAUCUAUAUAUAGGAGUAAAUACUUAUUCAAAGACUGUAAAUUAUGGGAUGUUUUGCUUUUUAUAUUUUUAUUUUAUAUGUGUCUCAAAUGUGAGCUUUCAGCUUCUGGGGCCCCUUAGAGUCCAGGGCAGGGGCCCUAUACGUUUACGGGCCUUUAUUGCAGUAGAUGCAUUAUAACAGUCUGCUAACACGGACAGGUUGAGUUUGGCAGUAGGUGAAUCUGUCAGAAACGGAAGCGCGGAGCCGCGUCUGAGCGGCGGAUGCGGCGCACGGGGGACCGGAGCGCCGCCAUGUUUGUGCGCCUGCUCCAGAAGCCCAUCCCCCUGGCGCAUCUUCACCGGCGAGCCGUCCGACUCUCCUUCACCUCGGUGGGAAGCGGCUGGCUGAGACAUGGCCUCACCAAGGACGGUCACCAUCGUGGCGCUGUCGUUCGCGCUGGGCUUGUUCUUCGUCUUCAUGGGCACCAUCAAGCUCACUCCGCGGCUGAGCAAAGACGCGUACAGCGAAAUGAAAAGAGCGUACAAGAGCUAUGCCAAAGCAUUGCCGGGCCUGAAAAAGAUUGGGAUCAGCUCGGUCCUGCUCCGCAAGAUCAUCGGCUCCCUGGAGGUGGGCUGCGGCGUGGUGCUGACGCUGGUCCCCGGCAGACCCAAGGACGUGGCCAACUUCCUGUUGCUACUGGUCAUGCUGGCCGUCCUGUUCUUCCACCAGCUAGUAGGGGACCCCCUGAAGCGCUACGCGCACGCUCUAGUCUUCGGCAUCCUGCUCACCUGCCGGCUGCUCAUCGCCCGCCAGAGCGACGACCGGCCGGAGAGGGAGGACAGUAGAGAGGAGCAGCACCUCAACGACCAGGAGAAGAACAAGGUCAAGCAGUCUUAAGAACUGGCGCGUUCCUGUGGAUUGUAGGAGGUGAUAUUUGGAAGGAAGCAAUCACUCUCAGUAAUAGUGGCCAUCACACACAUCCCCUGUCCCAUCCGGCUGGCUGACGGACAACUCACCCACUCUGCAGUCGUAAUAGGAAAGUGAGAACUCCUGACCGUUCACCUCCGCGAAGCCGUGGAAACUUUGAAGAGCUCACAAUAGCCAAUCAAUUUUCUAUUUAAUUUAGUCCUACACUGCGUUAAAUGUUUGUGUUUAUGUUUUGAAUCAAGCGUGAAAGCAUGUUUCACGGGGCUGUAUAAUAUCAACGUAAACAGAAAUCAGCACUGUUAGAAGAAUUUUCUACUAAUUGUUCAUCAGUUUGUACUGCAUAUCCAAGUUGUUUUAAUGCAGUAUUUAUUGCAGGUUUUCAGUUUUAAUCUUGGACAUUUGCAGAAAUAUGCAUGAAAUCAUUUCUCCUGAAGUAAAACGUGCUAAGUAUUGUCUUGUUCAGUUGUUAACUUGUUUAUCUGUUUACCAGAAGGACCGCUCACGUUUCUGCUGUCAGCUUUGACAGCAGACUUAACCAAAUCAAAACCUUGUUUUCAUUUUACAUUUUGUUACUGAAGUUUUAAACUCAGUCUCUGUCUUUUGAAGAUUUCAUUCACCCGUUAGGUAACUAAGGUAAUUAAGUCUCAAUUGAAAACCUGGCAGUUUUGAGAUUCACAAUUUUUCUGUAAAUGAUGAAACUUCAAAUAAAGAGUUGAAGGUCA